UCUCCUCGCCCUCCGUCCCCCUACAGUUUCCCCCUCCUUCCUCAUCUUUCUUGCCCUUCCUCCUCCUCCUUCCUUCCCUUCCCCUCCCCCCAGUCUGGACCGCGGAUGGUACGUUCCGCACGUGAGCUGGGUGCUGGUCUGGCUGGCGACGCGCGUGCCCUGUGGCCAAACACUGAAUAGAGCGAGUGCAAACUACCAGCACUGUAUGUGUGUGUGUGAGUGUGUGUGUGUGAGUGUGUGUGUGUGUGUGUGUGUGUGUGUGAGUGAGAGAGAGAGAGAGAGAGAGAGAGAGAGAGAGAGAUUUGAGUCAGGCUAGAGGGAGACCAACUGCUUCACACUUUAAACACUGCUGCACUGGAGAGGAAGAGAGAGAGAGAGCUGGAGGCUCACAGAUUUCCCCCAAGAUCUCCCAGGAGCACCGUCCCGCAAAUUAGAAAACGAAACCCCAAAAAUUGCAACAAAAAAGAAACCAGCAGCUGUUGCCAAACAUGGACGAAGGAAUCUCUCGUUUGCAAGAGAGACAGUUAAUGGAACAUAGAGAUUUUAUAGGACUGGACUAUUCAUCCUUGUAUAUGUGUAAACCCAAAAGGGGAAUGAAGAGAGACGAAAGCAAGGAGACCUACAAACUACCACACAGAUUGAUAGAAAAGAAAAGACGAGACAGAAUUAAUGAAUGCAUUGCUCAGCUUAAAGACUUAUUGCCAGAACAUUUGAAAUUGACGACUCUAGGGCAUCUGGAGAAAGCAGUAGUUUUGGAAUUAACUUUGAAACAUUUGAAGGCGUUGACAGCCUUGACAGAGCAGCAGCAUCAGAAGAUAAUUGCUUUACAAAAUGGGGAGCGAUCUAUGAAAUCUCCCAUUCAGGCCGACUUGGAUUCUUUCCAUUCGGGAUUUCAAACAUGCGCCAAAGAAGUCAUGCAAUACCUUUCUCGGUUUGAAAGCUGGACGCCCAGGGAGCAGAGAUGUGCCCAGCUAAUCAACCACUUGCACUCCGUUUCCACUCAGUUUUUACCCAGCCCCCAGCUGUUGACUCAACAGGUCCCUGUGAGCAAAGGAAACACUUCCUCCUCCUCCUCCUCCUCCACCACCACCACCACCACCACUUCUUCCUCCUCCUCCUCCUCCUCUUCUAUCGCAACACCCCCCUCCUCCUUCUUGUCUGUGAACGCCUCUCAGGAUCGCACCGUGCAGAAGCUGGAGCCCCAGACAAACUGUGUCCCUGUGAUUCAGAGGACUCAACCUAGCUCUGAACUCGCUGGGGAGAAUGACACGGACACUGACAGCGGCUAUGGUGGGGAGGGCGAGGCCCGGCCUGACCGGGAGAAAUACCAUGCCCUUGGGGGAAGUCGUGUCACCAUUAAGCAGGAGCCCCCAGGGGAAGACUCCCCAGAGCCCAAAAGGAUGAAAUUGGAUUGCGGCGAGAGCAGCAGUCCUGGAGGCAGCGCAGCCGCAGCUCUCCUGGGGCCGAAUCCGGCCGCUGCCCUGCUGAGACCCGACGCCGCACUGCUGAGCUCUCUAGUGGCCUUUGGAGGAGGCGGGGGGACUCCCUUUGGGCAACCGGCGGCGGCAGCAGCGGCGGCCCCCUUCUGCCUACCCUUCUACUUCAUCUCCCCUUCGGCAGCAGCUGCUUACAUGCAGCCUUUCUUGGAUAAGAGCAACCUGGAAAAAUACCUGUACCCUGCUGCGGCAGCCCCCAUCCCCCUGCUCUACCCAGGCAUUCCAGCCCAGGCUGCUGCGGCUGCUGCUGCUGCGGCGGCGGCCGCUGCUGCCUUCCCCUGCUUGUCCUCGGUGCUCUCGCCCCCACCUGAGAAGGCGAGCGCUGCCGCUCCAACCAUCCUGCCUCCGGAGCUGGCUUCUCCUGUGGCCCCCCACCAGCACUUUCCCCUACCCCUUCACCCCUUCGCGCACCUCCCCUUCGCAGCUUCCUCCAGAGAGCCUGGACUGAGCUCGGACCUGGAGGCGUCAUCUCAGGGGGAUUCCUCCCAGCCUGGAAAGGAAAACCCUUGAAAGCUUUCCCAUUUCGCAGGAAGGAUGGGUGGUUAAUCAUAAUAAUAUUAACAGUAAUACUUAAAAGUACCCUUUUUUGUUUGCGUAAUUUCAAGUUUCUGUGCGUCCUCAGUCCCCUCCCUCCUCCCCCCAACCAGGCUGCUGUAAAGAUCCUGCGCUGUGGGUGUGUUUUUAUUUUUGUUUUGUUUUGUUUACUGUCUUUUAAAAAAUCAACUAUUUAAGUUUUACACCCAUUUGGACUGUGACAGUUUUAAGAUGUCGAACAUUGUUCAUGAGUAAGGCAGGGCUAAUAUAGCUGAAAAGUUUCACUUCUGGCACGUCUGUAGUAUCUGUUGGAAUGUAAUGGAGGUAACUGAAACAGAGAGUAUACACUCAAAAAAAAAAAAAAA